AUGACGACGUGGUUCGCCUUCUCGGCUCUGACCGGCCGGCUGCACGCUUUCGGCGACGCUCCAGAGCCGCUCCCUGGUGGGAUGGGCGCGAACGCGCUGCCGUGCGCCAUCGCCGACGCCGACGAGGCCGCGCUGCCCGCCGCGCUGCGCGAGCCUCGCGCCCUCCGCGCCGCACAGCUCUGGCUUGCGCAGUGGGAGGGGCUGUCGCCGAGCCAGCGUGCGGCCGCCGAGCGUUGGGCAGAGUCGCACCGGCCGCCCGGCGUCGUCGAGGAGCCUUCCACGACCCUUCCCGGAACCUUCCCAGGCGUGCGCGACCCGCGCGUCUGGCGGCAGCACUUCUCGCUCCACUCGGGGCGGCCGCUCUGCCUUGUCUGCGUGCAGGAGCAUGAGCCGCGGCCCGACUCGCCCUUCUGCUCCGAGGGCUGCGCCGCAAGCUACGCCGCCGCCAGCUCGCAGGGCGCGGGCCGCCGGCAGGUGUACGACCGCGACCGCGGCGUGUGCGCCGCGUGCGGCUUCGACGCGCACCGGCUCUACCGGCAGAUCGCCGCGCUGGCGACCGGCCCCGAGCGCAUGCAGGCGCUUCAGCGGACGCACUACCCGACCAAGGGCGACCGGAUCGGCCGCCUGCUGCGGGACCCCAAAGAGGGCGACUUUUGGGAGGCCGACCAUAUCCUACCGGUGGAGGAGGGCGGCGGGGAGAGCGACCUGAGCAACCUGCAGACCCUCUGCGUCCCCUGCCACGCCGACAAGACGCGCCGGCAGGCGCAGAGCAGCAAGGAGCGCAAGCGGCAGGCGGCCGCAAAGGGCACCGCCGACCUGCGGAGCUUCUUUGCGGGCAAGGCCUAG